AUGGCCUGGGGGUGGGGCCCUGAUGCCCUCCCUCCGCAGAGUGGACAUUCAGAGGCAGGGGACCCACCUCAGAUCUGCCCACAGUGGCUUCCUCCGGCUCCUCUCCUGUUACUAGGGCACCAGGACUACUCCCCGCUGGCCAGUCAGGGGGAGGCAGAGGCCCGCUCAGACACAGGGACUGAGCCCACGCUCCCCCGCCCACUCAUCUUCCCAUCCGGGAGCAGCCCUCCUUCUGCAAACAGGCCCAGCAGCCUGGGCUUCAUCGCACCUUUGCCACAUGAGACAACAUGGGUCCCACCGCAGCUGGCCCGGGAGCCCACCCCGGAGCCCGGACCCGAGCUCGACGCUCCCAGACCACCCUCAGGACCCUCCCUCCCCGUGACUACCCCCCAGCCCCGUCUUCUGCCCCUCUGCGGCCCCGGAGCCCUCCUUCUGCAGUCCAGCCCGCACCCACCCUCGGGCUCGCCCCCUGGCCCGACCCUGACACAGUCCCCAUUCGCAGCCCGCCGGAGCCCUCCGCCCCACCCGGGUCCCGUCGCCUGUCCCCAUGGCCUGAAGCUCCCCAUCUGCGCCCCCGCCCGGCCUCCGCAGACCAGCGCCCGCUCCCACGUCGUGAUGCGCGCCCACACGGAGUGCGGGGCCCUGGGCAUCACGACCACCCGCCGGGUGUGUGACCUCGGGCCGCCUGUGCGUCCGGGGAGCCUCACACCCUUGCUGGGUUGGCUGCAGAGGUGGGGCAACGUCACGGCCUCGCCUCCAGUCGGGGCGCCCACCAGCUGGGGCUGA